UCAAAAAUUAAGAAAACAGACCAAAGUAAAAAGCAACCAAAGCAAAAGCAAUACAAUACAAAAAUUUGUUUUAUAAAUAAAACUACAAUUUAUAAAAUCGCUCGUAAAAGAUGGUUCACUUCAAUAUUUGUGGACGAAAGAAUGUAAUUCAUUGCAAUGCAAAAUCCUUAAAAGAACUGCAGCAAGAAAUAUUCAAUGUCACAAACUUAAAUCCAGAGCAAUUCUACUUAUUACAAAAUGGUAAAAUAAUCACUCCAGAUACGUACCAUAAUGACUCCACAGCCAACAUAAACGUUCAGCUGCGCACUCUUGGUGGGAAAGGAGGAUUCGGUUCUAUGCUACGAGCCAUCGGUGCACAAAUCGAAAAAACAACCAACCGAGAAGCUUGUCGUGAUCUCAGUGGUCGUAGGCUAAGAGACAUCAACGAAGAAAAACGGCUAAAGGCAUGGCUGGAAAAACAAAAAGACCGAGAAGCUGAAGCUGAGGCAAAAAAGAAGAAAAAAGUUGAAAAACUUCUACAUGUCCCGAAGCAUGAAUUCAAAGACGAACAAUACGAAGAAGCCAGAUCGAAAUUGACUGAAAAAGUGAACGAUGCUGUGGAGGAGGGUUUAAAGAAAGAAGAAGAAAAACAAGUCGACAAACCAAACUUGAAACGAAAAGCCGAACCAACUGCUAAAGCUAAGAGUAAACAAAAUUCACUGUGGUUAGGAGCAGACAUUGAUGGUUCAUCGGGUUCUUCUUCAGACAGUGACGAUUCAGAGACUGGUGACGGGCCCUCCACAUCGAGUAAAAUGAUUAAAAAAUAGCUUUUAUGUACAAAAUGCUUAAUUAUUCUUAUAGACAAUAAAAAUCUUUAUAUGAUUCAAA